AUGAGUGAGACGGAUGAUACAGAUGUUCUUCUGCUUAUACCGCCGAAUUUUUUCCUUGUCUGCAGCUCGGAUUCUGAUGACUCUUUGCUACAGUCUUCAAGAACAGUUGUACACAAACCGGUUUCUUGUACGGCACAAGUAUUAGGCAAAUUAGUUAACCAAGUGCAUUCACUAGAAACUAGAUUAGAUACUUUAGAAUUAAACACCAGUCACACGUUUUCUAGUGCGGGUUCUGUAAGAAGUUUAUCUUGGAAAAACGACAGUUUCGGAUGUGGAAGUCUCGAUCGUAAAUGUUAUACAUUUCCUCGCAGAAGACGUCGCAAGAUUUCUAGACGUAUCAAAAGAGAUUUGUCUUUGACUAGUAAUGAUUCUAUAAGUACACAUGGUAACAGUUUUCCGUCAUUGAAGCUAAGAAAUUGUGCAAAGUUGUAUACUCCACAACUUAUAAAUGAUACACAAAGCAUGGACGGCGAUAUAAGUAGUAUAGUAUCAACACCAAGUAAGAAUAAUGACAAGCUGCUAUUGACUGAAAUAGAUGAGUUUUUAACUAAAGUUGAAGCGUAUGAGAGUCCAGAAACAAGAUGUAAGGAUGAAGAAAAAUUUAGCUCUGAAAAUGUUAUUAGAGCAGCUGGUAACUAUAUAGCUCAACAAUUAGAAGCAAGCAACGGUGAUAAUGAGAUUCAAUUACCAAGUGGAAGGAAGGUUACAAAUGAUAUUUUAGAUAAAUAUAUUUAUUUAGUUAAGAAUAAUAACUCACAAAAGGACAAAGUUUCAUUGUUCAAGAAUGAUGUGGUACUAGAGAGUUCUGUAAAUAAUCAUCCACCAAUGCAAGGAACUAAUCAGGAAACACAAACAAACAAAAAAUCUUUGAGUAUGAGAAAAUUAAAUUUUUCCGAGGGUAAUGAUGCUCAGCCUACAUCAACUCCAAAAAAAUACUCACGGAACUCAAGUUAUUUGGAAACAUUUAAGCCAUCUUCAAAUAAAAUUUAUGAUAGAGCAUCAAAGGUGUUAGAACAGUUUAAAGCUCAAAGCUAUUCCCAGAAUACAGCAUCUUCUGCAACAGACACUAAUGAAUAUUUAUCAAACAAUGGAGAAUUUAAAAUGCCGCAAAUGAAACCUUUUACAAAUAUAAAAGACAAAAUGACAGCUUUCCAGAUGGAUUCAAUAGAUACAGAUCUGUUAAGCUUAAGUGAACUGUGGGGUGAAAGGGGAGAAAGGCUUGAAAGAGCAGAGAGCUUAAAGCUAGAGGAAGAAAAACUUAAAAGAGAGCAUUGUGAAGUCAUGAUCCAGCAACUGCAAAGGAAGAUUCUGGAGCAGCAGGAAAAACUAGCUGUUGCGAUAAAAGUUGACCGAGGCAAAGAUACUGCUAUUAAAAAACUCAGAGAAGCCUGGCUAAGGCUCACUCAUAGCUUAGAUCGUGCAGAAGAAAGACACAGAGCUGCUCUUGAGAAGAUGGUCAAGGAAGUGGAUAAUUUCAAAAUGGUUGCUGAUGAAGCUCAGAAGAAAACCAGUCACUUUGAAGCGGAGCUAUACAAAGCAUUGGACUUGGCACAUGAUUAUCAGGAGAAGUGUAAGCAGAUUACAAGAGAGAAGAAGGAACUACAGGACAGUAUUCAAAAAUCUCUAUCAGAACAUAAUGAAUUGAUAAGAAAUAAGGAGAAAGAAAUAGAAGUUCUUAAAGAUAAUUAUGAAACUGUAAUGAGACUGAAUAAACAAUCUAUGGACUGUGUGAAGAAUCUAGAAGAUACUUUGGAAACAGAAAGGGCUGAACAUGAACUGACUAGAAGUAAAGCAAAUGAGCUAAGCCGCAAGGUCCAGUCAAUACAAGAAGAGGCCAUGUUGGCCACUCAAGAGAAAGACAUACUAAAGGAGAAAGUGAACGAAGAGAGAUCCAAAUGCAAUAUCCUUGAGAGGCAGCUGUGUGACUCACAGAAUCAAAAUAGUGAGCUUUUCAAAAAAUGUGAAUCGUUAGACAACGAAAUUAAAACUCUCCGAAAACUCUUAGAACUCCAAAAGAAUGAACUGAAAACUCAUUACCAGCAGCAACUAGAAGAUGCUGUGCUUGCGAAACUCAAAGAAUUCCAGAUCCAACUCGACCAUGCACAGAGGGAGAUGGAGAAUGAUGCUCGAAGUAAAGAGAACGCAAUAAUUGACACUUACAAUAAUCAAAUUGCGAGGAUCGAAGAACAACAUAAGCUGGAGGUGAACGUUCUAGAAGAGAAGCAGAAGGAAGAGAUCAAGCUGUACAGGUUGCAACUGGCACAGGCCAGCGAGAAGAUCGGCUUGCUGGAGAACAAAUUGGAGACAUAUCGACGUAGACGCGGGCAAAUAGCCUCACAGCUGCACAGCAUCAUGGAGGCUCAGUGGCGACAAGCUCUGCAGAUCCUCACCAAUGGCCAUCCUGCCAGCCUGCCAGCCAACCUGCCAGUAAACCUACCAGUAUGUCAGCAAAACCAACCUCAAACCGACAAGAACCUUGCCAACCAUGGUGCGUCCAUAAGCUUCUCAUCGUUGGAUCUUACUCGACCUGAUAGUGUGGCUGGACCAAACACCAAACAAGCUCAAAGACACACGGAUGGAUUCAGUGAUAAUGAAUUGCAGCAUUAUAUCAACAAGCUGUUGUCAAAACCAGUGAACUUUGAGAGCAGUCUGGACGCAGAUGGCGAAAACCUGAAGGGGCAUUGUUCUGAGCUACACGAAGCCCCCACCAGUGACCGACCAGAUAGGCAUGAACGAAAGGACAGAACUGCCAAACGGAGCCUCAACAUAAACAAACCACCAUGGAAAGCUUAG